UUCAAAAAUAAAGAUGGGAGAGUAAGAGCAACGAUGAUACCUGUACACAGUGGCGCUUACGAGAAUUAUACUCUGUGGUGAUAUCGGUCCUACGCAGCCAACAUAGCUCGUGAUCAUACAACAAUGACUCAUACGAGUAUACGACCAAAAAUAACGUGAGGAAAGUAGAUCUUCAACAACUAGUUGACGUAAAUCUGACGGAUCUUAUAAGUCAAAGAGACGGUCAGUUUGAGAAUCUGGAGGAUUCACAGGAACUGCCCUAAUUGUGGAUAGAAUGUGGAUUGAGGCUUCCAGAAGACCCUCAAAACCCCCACAAGAGAUCUAGAUAGAGUGGUCAACAAAGCCGCCAAGCACUCGGUUCGUAGGCCGGACGAUGAGAUCUGAGAACCAAUCGCUCUCUCCUUCAAGGUCGUUUAAGGUUCAGCCCUAGGAGAGAAUAGGCCCGGAAAACGCUACGCCACUCGAUAUAUGAAGAAUUAUAAGUAUGAAUAGAGAAUCACUCCCACAGGAUCAUAACACGACAACCAUCAGCACUCGUUCAAGCAAGUUCUCGAAAGCCACUUUCCUUAUUCUCAUCUUUUCGCAGCUCAACAUGCACUACAUCUUUAUGCCAGCCACACCUCUUUGGAUGAUCACCGAGGACUUGCUCAAAAGCCUCUACAGAGCACGACUAACGAGGAACGGAGUGCAUUACACUAUGAAAAACCCACAAUAUCCUUAUCCCCCAGGCUUCUACGCACAUGAAAGGUAAAUCAUACUACUCGCCAAAAAGACUUGAGGCUUUUGUAUUAACAUAACAAAACAGAUAUUCUCAAAUCAGACAACACAACGAUGAAAUUCGAAACGUCAAAGUACUUCCUGCGCCUCCUGAGAGAACUGAGGAGGCAUGGCCUUUGAGAGACGAGAGUGAAAGCGAGGAGAGACCAACACUACCAGAAGAAAUCAAACAGGCUGCUUGGGAGGCUUGCGGACAAAUUUUGUUUUCUGGUAUUGAGGCGAGGUCGAGGAGGAACUCGAAAAACAGGAGGUCCGACAACGGGGAAGCUGCUCAUGGCAACUUCAUUUGAGCAUGGACUAGACCGGGUGGCUGGUUGAUUGGUUGAUCAAUCGGACGGAAAAAUGGACAUUUCGGAGUUUUCUGGAGUUGGAAUACCCUUUUUUGUGUUUUUUUACUUUUUGUGGAAAGCCCUUGGGGUUGAAAGUUUUCAGAGAUUGAGAUAAUAUUGAAGAGUUUGGAAGCUUUUGAAAAGUUGUAGGCCUGUCUUUAUAAUUCUGUAAUCACGAUAAAUGAUAAUGUUUGAUCGAG